UUUAUUUGACGAAAGAGAAGUUGAAAUUUAAUUCAAAUAAUUUGUAAAAAAUUCAGUGCUUGUAAGAAAGUUCUCAAUAAAAGAAUAGAAAUUUUAAACUUAUAAAAGAAUACUUGGAACACAUUCAAAUUAUUAUAUGUUAAAACUGCUAAAUCGCCAAGGGAAUAAUAUACAAAUUUCGACCUAACACAUUAAAAAGUUAUCGUUCAAAAAUUACAACAAAAGCAGAAUUACAAAAUGGCUUUUUAUCAUCAUAGCAUUUCAACAUCGAAAAUUCUUAUUAGCGGCAUACCGCUGCAAACUCGGUUUGAAGACAUCGAACCUCUAUUGAAGCCAUACGGCAUCGUCAAACAGUGUGAGGCUGUCUCUAGUAAGGACCCAAAUACUCAGACUGUACAUAUAACAUUUGAAAAUCCCGAUCAGGCUCAAAGAGCUGCUGGCGGAUUAAACGGUGUCGAAUACGAAGGUAAUAAAUUGCACGCCGAACCAUUGGAUAAGAAUCAACGUCGUACCAAUCGAAAUCAGCGCAAUCCAUAUCCCGGUAUGCCAGGUCCUGGACGCCAAGCUGACUUUCCUCUACGCAUUCUUGUGCUAAGCGAAAUGGUAGGCGCUAUUAUCGGCCGCCAAGGCGGUACUAUACGUGCUAUAACGCAACAGAGUCAUGCACGUGUCGAUGUGCAUCGAAAGGAGAAUGUCGGUUCACUAGAGAAGGCGAUAACGAUUUAUGGGAAUCCUGAGAACUGUACGAAUGCAUGCAAACGUAUUUUGGAUGUAAUGCAACAGGAAGCCAAUGCAACAAAUAAGGGGGACAUCUGCUUGAAGAUUUUGGCCCAUAACAAUCUUAUUGGUCGCAUUAUUGGAAAAAAUGGCAACACUAUUAAACGGAUUAUGCAAGACACCGAAACAAAAAUUACUGUGAGUUCCAUUAAUGAUAUAAGUAGCUUCAAUUUGGAGCGUAUAAUUACGGUUAAAGGCCAAAUUGAAAACAUGGCACGUGCUGAAUCGCAAAUCAGCUCUAAGCUCCGCCAAAGCUAUGAGAACGAUUUACAAGCCAUGGCACCACAAAGCCUAAUGUUCCCCGGUCUCCAUCCGAUGGCCAUGAUGUCAACACCCGGUAAUGGCAUGGUAUUCAAUCCCAGCAUGCCGUACCAGUCUUGUCCAGGAUUUCCAAUGACAAAGACACCAACCAAUGUGGUACCGCCUGUUUUUCCUAACGACAUGCAAGAGACCACAUAUCUCUACAUACCGAAUAAUGCGGUUGGAGCCAUUAUCGGCACCAAAGGUUCACACAUACGCAGUAUAAUGCGUUUUUCGAAUGCCUCGCUUAAAAUUGCGCCUAUCGAAAAUGACAAGCCGACCGAACAUCAAGCCGAACGUAAAGUGACAAUUGUCGGAUCACCGGAGGGUCAAUGGAAGGCGCAGUAUAUGAUUUUUGAGAAGAUGCGUGAGGAAGGUUUCAUGUGCGGCUCUGAGGAUGUGCGAUUAACGGUCGAAAUUAUGGUAGCCAGUUCACAGGUGGGCCGAAUAAUCGGCAAGGGCGGUCAGAAUGUGCGCGAUUUGCAACGCGUUACCGGCAGUAUUAUCAAACUGCCUGAGCAUGCGGUAGCACCAGCAUCGGGUGGUGAUGAAGAGACGCCCGUUCAUAUAGUUGGGCAAUUUUAUAGCGUGCAGUCGGCUCAGCGUCGCAUACGUGCCAUGAUGAUGUCGACAAACCCACCACCGGUUACCAAAAAGCAAAAGGCUGCUAAAGAACAAUCUGCCGCCGCCGCUGCAGCAGCAGCUGCCUCUGCAGGUAGUGGGACCCAACAAAUGCAGCAACAACAGCAACUACAACCGCAGCAACAGGCACAACAGCAGCAACAACAGUCGCCGCCGCAACAACAGCCGUCUGCGUCAAGUCAGUAAGCAAAGAAAAAUCCCGAAAAAAAAACAUACAAAUGCGUUUCAAACGUCUUGUUGAAGCCUUUUUAUUAAUACAUUAAUUUUUAUUAUUUUUUUUUAUUAAAUUUAAUCGAGAAUGUGUGAGAUGUAUAUUUAGGUUUUCUAAUAUACUAUUUAAAUCAUUUUUUUAAUAUUUUAUUAAACAACAAUUUUGAUGUUGGGCGUUAAUAAUUAUUGAUGAUUGAUAACUAUGAUGAGAAAAGGGCGAAAAUAAUAAAAUGUGUAUCGAUCGCAGUGAAAGAGAGAUUUCGAACCAGUUUUAACUAGAAGCGGCAAAAAUCAUUCAAAAAUGUGUAACCAAGAUACAACACAAAACCCGCAAACUAUAAAAGUAAAUAGAUAUCAAGUACAAUAGUAAAACGUUAAAUAAAUGAAAACAAUAAAAAAGCAUUUAAAUAAUUGUGAAUGAAUUAAAAAUUAUUCAAAACCACCAAAUUCACUAUUAUUGAGUAACAUUAACGGAAAUACAAUUAAAAAAUAACAAUAACGCAUUUGCUCCCUUUUUAUAGUAAUUCAAAUGCAAAAUAUGAAAAACGCAGUAAAACAGUAAGGAAUCAUAACACUAUAAACAAAUUGACUAUUCGCAUAUAGUCUGAAAACGGGUGUGUAAACAAUUUUAAGAAAAUAUGAAUAAAACAUAAACUGAAGUUAUUAAAAAUAAUAAGGAUUUUCAAAUCAAAAAUGUAUUAAAACCAUUAAUUGCCAUCAAAUAAAAACAGCUUGCAACCCACCAAAUAUUAAUUGCAACAACAACACUAACUAAGAAUACGUCAAGAUUUGCUUAUAAAAUUAUACAGAAAAACUUGUAACAAUAUUAAAUUUUGAUAUAAAAAAAACGUAAAAUAAUCUGUAGCACAAAAUAAAAUCAAACGGCACUAAAUAGUUCACACUUUGAAAUGCAGUAAAUUUCUAAUGCAACAUAACUAUAAUAUAAUAUAUACGGUUUCAAAACUACAUCAAAAAUAUAUAUCUUAUAACAAAUAAGAAUAGAUUUGCAAAUGUUCAAAAUUAAAAAUAAGAAUUAACAGAAACAAGGAACCGAAACCGAA